UGGAGGGCGAAAGCGAAAGUAUGCAGUGCAAGAUAACAAAGUCUCGAUACCUCGGCAGCCCAUAUCUCGCCGAUUGUGAGCCGACGGAGGAUUUCGCCGACCUGCCGAGGACCCAAAAUGGACCAGAGACUCUUGCCAUGCCGCCAAGGUAGGCUUUGGACGCCAUUGAACCUGAUUCUUUUCAACCUUGUGUGCUCAGACUUCUCCGUCAGCGUGCUCGGCAACCCGUUAACCCUGACGGCUUCCCUUCUCAGGGGUUGGAGUUUUGGCAAAGUGCUGUGCGUCUCCUAUGGAUUCUUCAUGUCUUUGUUGGGAAUAUCGUCCAUUAUAACUCUGACGGUGCUCUCGUUUGAACGCUUCGUGAUGAUCAGCAAGCCGUUCAGAUCGCGCCCUCUAAGCAACAAGGGAGCUGGACUGCUGGUGUUUGCUAUCUGGCUUUACUCUUUUGCACUCACGUCACCGCCGCUUUUUGGCUGGGGCGAGUAUUCUUACGAGGCUGCAAACAUCAGCUGCUCUGUGAAUUGGGAGAGCAAGUCAGACAAUAACACGUCGUACAUAGUCUUUCUGUUUGCGUUUGGGCUGGUGGUGCCGGUGUUUGUCAUCUGCUACUCGUAUUUCAACAUAAUGCACACCAUGAAGAAGAAUGCACUGGCGAUGGGCAGCGUAUCGAAAGCUGAGUCUCGAGUCGCCGCCAUGGUGCUCGUCAUGGUGACCAUGUUUUUGGUCGCAUGGACGCCUUACUCUGCCUUCGCUUUGAUUGUGGCCUUCGGUGACCCGAGUUUGAUCACGCCUGGGACCGCAGUGCUGCCCGCCUUGAUGGCCAAAAGCUCAAUCUGCUACAACCCCAUCAUUUAUGUUGGACUUAACACACAGUUUCGACAUGCGUGGCACCAGUUCUUGGGCGUGAAGUCGCAGUCGGUGACAGGGUCCAUAGAGGUAGGUGGUGAGAAUACGGCCAUCAGCAUGCCGCAAUCCAACAUGAUAACCGACAACACAAUCACCUCCACGGCCCCCGUCCACUUAAGAGUGCAAAUGUCCAAGAGCGAUAAGCAAUUUUUGCAGGUCAAGAACAGUUUAGCGAGUCGGUUUGAGUUGGUGGCGGUGCGAGCGCCAGUCAAUUCGCCCAAUGUCUCCAAUUCAGAGCAGCAGCUUUAAUUUCCCGGUGCCAAAUUAUAAUAGUAGCGUAUGUAUGGAGAAAUGUGAACUUUUGCCGCGUUCAAGUAAGAACUACUAUUUUGCACAGAAUGAGAUUUUUGUGAAAAAGGACCUCCACCUUCUCAUAUCAGUAUUUUUGAAGCUUACGAAAUAAUCUUUUUGAAUUUUUCAUUCACGUUUUGUGGUACAAGGAUAAAGACAUUUUUAGCGUUUGUUUGUAAAUGAAUAAGUUUCUCCUCCGACAAUCAGAAGAAUUUCAUUGCACUUAAAAUUAUAGAAUCUACAAUUUUAUCAUUAUCAUUAUAAUUAUAAUUGAAUUUCGUUUUUUUUUUACAUGACUGUACAUGACAAAAUUCUGCUGCAGCGACAAAGUACAUGCACAAAAUACAAAACAUCAAAAUGGCACCAAUAAAAAGCUUAAUCUUAAGAAUUUCAAAGCAACCGUAGUCAUUGGUAUGACGUUGUCACACGGCAGGUGAAGCACAAUAUUUACACAGUUGUUGAUGAGACUCAAUUAAGUCAAGAUUGACUGCGAUAUAAAGACUGCUCGUAGAAAAUGGAUACUUAAAAUCGUUGAGAAUAUAAUAUGCAAGUUGUGUACAUAAGAUCAAAAUAUUUAACUUCCAUUAAUUACCUCUUAAAUAAACAUUCGGAUGGGCCCUGAUAAUUAUGAUAAAGUUGUAUCAUAAUUAUUAUUAGCAACGAUCAAUUCUUGUCAGUGAAUAUUUUUUUUCUUGCAUUGAAAAAGCAAAUCAAAACCAAUAUUCAUUCAAGUAGCAAAUCUUUGGCUGUACGAUAAUUGGAAAAUAUUUAGUGUUUAAAACAUGGAAGAAUUUGAGGCUUAUUUAUUUUAAUCUUCUAUUUUUAUAUAUCAAAAUUGUAAUAUAAACAAUGUGGCCAAACAUUGAAGCUAUUGAGUGGCUUUUAAGCCCGUGAGCUUUUAUUAAGUAGCCCCUGUUUAUAGUCAGUUUAACAAAAUCAAAUGUAAUGCAUACAAGAAAUUGUUUUUCGUCUUGUUAAUUAUUCAUUAACAAAGCAUAGAAGCAAUUGACCAUUGAUCUCUAUGUGACGUCUUUGUUUCAAGUAAUUGUUAAUAAGCUGUUUGAUGGUCGAUAACAGUAAUUAUGACGUCUCUCCAAUGUGCCAAAUCUGUGCCAAAAAAUCGUAAUUAUUCCAAAUUAAGAGUGACAAAGAGUAGAGAGAGCCAAAGAUAAAAUUUGUCAAACUUAAUUGUGGGAAGAAAUGAAUUUUACUCAAGGGAAUAUUGGAUAAGUUAAUUAUAGCAAAAAUGGAAAACUGAGCCUUUCCAUUUUUCUUAUGAUUAACAAAAUUAGCAUGUACUUGAUGUAAACAGAGGAUGUUGCAUAUAUGCAUUUUUUUUUUCAUUUGAGCUAGCUGUAUAACGAAAACAAUGUGAUAAAAAGUUUAAAAUUUAAAGCUUAAGUCCUUAGAGACAUAGUUAGAGCUUAAAAAUAUUAGAACAUUGUAUGAGAAAUGGAAAAAAGAGGGUUUAUAUUGCGUUUGACUUGAAAUAUGUAAAAAAAAAAAAAACGUUAUUUACCCAUAACUGGGAGACUGGGAGAGACAAAACCUCUGGUCAUUUUCUGAUUUAUUUAUUGAAUGAAAAUUAAAUGAUUAAAUUUAAAUAAAUUAAGAGAGCGUUUCAAAAAAAGGAGAGCUGUUUUAAAUGAAUAGAACUAGUAUUAAUUAAUGAAAGUAUUUUAAAAUUAUUAAAAUCUCAAAGAUUGCACUCAAUGCCGCAGUCUGCAUAAAAUUAAACCUCAAAGAAACGCUUAUUAUAUAAAGGCACGCAUACAUAAAAUAUAUUUAAUUUUUUAAUUUUCCACUAUUUAAUAGAAAAAUGGAUUCAAUUAUUUUUAGUUUGCAGUAUUCAAAGAAAAUUAUAGACAGCAUUGGUCCAUCGGAUGACAUAGGUUUUUUCCCAUAGCUGAGCAGUUUUUAACAUAUCAACUAUCAACCAAAUAAAAACUUAAAAAAUUUAAUUUUUAUAUCAAUUAUGCAUUUCUCUGAAAGUUAAAAAAAAAAUGACUAGAAAUACUGUGCCAAAAGUUUGAGCUAUGUUGGGAGUCAAUGAGGAAGACGCCAACAAUAUACCAAUAAUGGUUAUUUAAAACUUUUUGACUUGCAUUUUUUAACUUAUGUAUUGUGUAGUGAAAGUCACUCUGUAGCACUAGAGAGCUAAUUAUAUCACGUUUAUUUAUUUUUGGACAAAUCCUUUAAGCAGGAAUUAUAUAAAAGCAUCAAACUUCAAAAACCAGCACAGACACAGUCAAAGAAAUUGAAAAAUAUAAAUUAAAUAAUUGUCAACAUACAAAAUGAAUUAAAAAAAUCUCUCUAUACCAUCACAUACAAAAAUGAUAUCCUCUGCAAAUAUCUUGUAUUUUACUAUAUUUUAAAGACAAAUUUGCCGAGUUUAUAAAAAUUGAAAAUUUUUCCAUAAUAUAAUUAAAUUGCUCACAACGGAAAGAGACAGUUUAAAAGAGAGAAGAAUUAAGAGGAAAAGAGAGAGGCAGUUUAUCUUUUGGAUGUUGUUACUGAAACUAUUUUUGUAAGUGUUACGUGAUCAGUUGUUUACAUGUAUUGAUGAAGUAAAAAUAUGUCUAGUUGGGCAAAAAUUGCUAAUGAUUGUUAUUGUACAAAAAGGAACAAGUGCGUAUAAUAGUUAGUAAAAGAAAAGGAAACCAGUAUUUGUAUAUUACUUUAAUAAAAAAGAAAAAAAAAUAGAUAUGAGUUUUAUCAAAAUUAUUUCCACACAGCUCCAGCUCAGCGUGAGUAGGUUUAAUUUGGAAACGCACAUCUGCUUUCACAUUGAGCUAUGGGCUUUAGUAAGUUGUUUACUAGAGUUGGCUGCCAAUUCUCUUCCAAUGUAAUUUCCUGUUUGACUUGUUGUCAGGGAAAAACGAAUUGAAUGAAUUUAAAAAUUCAAUCAAUAAUUUAACUGCCGAUUUAAAACUUUUUUAAUUUUUAAUUUUAUCCAAUUUUCUAUUAUGGAGAAAUGGCGUUAUCUGUACUGCAAUAUUUGUUAAAGUUUUCUUGCAUUCAUAAUUACAUAAUCUGCCCCUUUUUGAUUAUACAAUGUUCUCAAAAACCUCCUUCACUCCGAGUCCAUCUCAAAGUACUUUUCCGGGGUGAAGAUGCGUGGGGGCUUGUAACACUCUUCAGAUGUAUAUAAUGAACUACUGGCUAACGAGAUGCUAUUCUUGCGAUGCCGUUAUUUUAUGUGUCAAGAGUAAUGAAGCGUUUGUAAAAAAUGGUCAAUUAUGGAUGGAAUAUAUUUGCAAUUCAAAAGCACAUACGCGUCUUGGUAUAUUAGACAAACUGUUUUUACCGCCAAUGCUGCAAGAAACACUCUUAAUUUCGUAGGAAACGAGAGUAAAAGUUUAAAACGUGUAAUAUUUGUUGAAAUGGAAAUGCGAUAAUUGGAAAUUAUAUUUCAAUAUGUAUGUGAUUUUGAAAAAUAAAUUUUGAUGGACCAAAGAACAAACCGAGUGUUUGUUUUUA